AUGUCUGAACUGAUCGAAUAUGAGAAAUAUAAGGUCAUUAUUCUUGGAGAUGCUGGUGUAGGCAAAACAUCUCUUGCAAGAAAACAAUCAUUAGGCAUCUUUGAUUACAAAAUGAAUCCAACUGUUGGCGCAUCUCACAUCAAGACUCGUCUAAAGGUUGAAGAUCAUAAUAUUGAAUUGAUGUUAUGGGACACUGCAGGUCAAGAGCAAUUUGCUGCUUUGGUCCCAAUGUACGCUCGUGGUGCAAAUGUUUGCAUUAUUACAGGUUCUAUUGUCAAUCCAGAUUCUGUCGAUCACAUGAAAGUUUGGAAGGAAAGAUUAUACGCUUCCGGCGAAAAUCCACCAAUUGUUGCCGCAAUCAACAAAAUCGAUUUACUAGAAGGAGCUCCACUUACAAUGGAUGAAGCCCGUUCUAAAGCAGAAACAGUUUGUGAAGAUAUAUUCUUUGUAUCUGCAAGAACAGGCGAUUCUGUUGAUCAAUUAUUCCAAGCCGUCGCAGCAGCAGCAUUACAAACACAAAAAGCACCAGAGAAAAACCUUCAGCCGGUAUCUGAAGAAGUUCAAAAGGAAAAUAGUCGUUGUUGCUAA